AUGGCUUCAAGUGAUAGAAUACCAUCUAGAUCAGAAGAUUCAGAAAACACCAUUUUUACAGAUAUCGCACCAAUGUCCGAAGAGUUUAUUGAUUUUCCAAUAACUACAAUAGAAAACCAAGAUACAUCAAUUUGUCAGCAACUUUUUGAUAAAUUUGAAUAUUUUAAAAAAGAAACAGCAAUGUUAUCAGAUUCUGAAACUAUGAAAAAACGAUUAAAUCAAUCGAUAUCUCUUUGGAAUGAAUUAUUGAACAUGGCAAACAAUGUUAACAAGCAAAAUAAAUUUUGUUUUGAUGCAAAUCGUGCUCUAGUUACAAAAGUGUUUUCUGAUAUCAAUGAAACUGAUUUAUUUAAUAAUGAUAAUGAUUUUUCACGACAAAUAUUCUUUGGCUAUUUAGAUCUUCUUAACACAAGUGAAAUUCAACAGUUUUUGACAACAUUAGCACCGUCUACAUUAGCAGAUGCUAUACGUGAAUCGAAUAUUUAUAUAUUACUUUUUAUCUUAUCAACUUUAUGUCGUUCAAUAAUCUUUUUGGACAGUGAUAUUGCCGAUCAGUAUAAUCCUUUGUUGAACGCUAUGCGAGUUCAUGUUGAUCAAAAGCUUCAAACCACAGUGUUACAACAACAUGCGAAUGAAAGGCUUAUUAGUGUACAUCAACGUAUUUUAUUGUUACUAUGGGACUUAAGUGACCGUACGGUAGUCGUUCCAUCACUAUUACGUACUGGCUUUGGUAAAAGUGUUAUUGAAUGGUUAAACUAUCCAACAUUAACUGAUACAGCACGUCGACCUAUAGUAAGUAUUGUACAUAAUUUAUCGAGACAUGAUAAUGGUGUUGAUGAACUUAAUAAAUAUGGAGCUAUUGAAACUAUUAAUCAAAUGCAACAACUUGAUAGUGUACGUCAGUCAACAAUGUUAUUAAUUAAUACAAUGGCAUUAGCUCUUCUUUCUACUCCAAAUCAAAUAAAAGCUGAUCCAACAGGAACAAAACCUAUACUAGAUCAACUUCUUCAAAUAACUAUUAAUGCAUCAAUCGCAGAAAAAUAUCGAUAUAAUGGUUUUCAUGUAUCUGAACCACUUGCUGUACUUGUUAAAUUAUUUGUUGAUGAUACAACAUUUGAUUAUGUUAUGAAUCAAGCAGAAACUCAUCCUCCAUCAAAUCCUAUUUCAACAAUUAAAUUAUUUUCCGAUUUGCUCAUUUCUUUUCAUGUCAAACUUAAAGAAAAAAAUCGUCUUGAACAAUUUACUUUCAUAGCACUCUUCAAUAUUCUAUGGAGUAUUUCAUUUCAUGAAGUUUAUCAUCAUACACUUAAACAGCAUAUAGAACUUAUGGAUAUAAUUCAAAAUGUAGUCAAAUAUGAUUGUCAAAUCAUCAUUGAACAAUAUGUACCUCGAUUAAUGCAAAGUGUUAAGAAAGCUGCUGAUGGCAUUUUAUUUAAUUUGAGUCUUGAAAUACCUUCGAUCACAAUACCUCUUGUACAUCCAAUAGCAGCCCAACAAAAACCUCUCGUUAUGUUGAGUUAUUCUCAUGUUAAUAAUGAUUUUUGUGAUAAAAUACUUGAAGUACUUGAUCAAAAAACUGAUUUAUUCGAUGUAUGGAUUGAUAAACGAUGUUGCAAGAAUAGUGUAGAUAUUUGGGAAUCUAUCGCUAAAGGUAUUAAAAAUUCUGAUUUGAUCAUAUGUAUUAUAUCAUCAGAAUAUUUGACAAGUAAAGCAUGUCGUCAAGAAAUAAUCUACGCUAAAGAUCGACUUAAUAAACGUUUUUUACCUGUAUAUCUUGGAAAACCCAAUAUCAGUGAUUGGUUAGGUAAGACAUGCUAUAUAAAUAUAUACAUUUUUAUUAUUGAUCAAAUUUCUUUUGAUAUAGAUAUUCGUCUUGCCGAGUUCAAAUACGUUCGUUUUCAAAAUACACAUUUGAAAUUAGAUGAACGAAAGGUAGAAGAAUUGUUAUCAACAGUAGUAGAAUUCAUAUCACCAGGACAUGCAACACAAAACAAUAUAACUAUUAGACAUCAUCAUACAUCAUCAUUUUCUCACGAACUACCUAGAACAGAAGUAAUAAGAUCUCAAAGUACCUUAACAACCUCACAACCUGUCGAAAUAGUUGAAAAUAGAAAUAAACCUAUAUUGAAAUGGACUCAAGACGAUAUUCAUUAUUGGUUUUCACAACAUAAUAUUUGUUCAGAAAUACGUGAUAUGUAUCAAUUUAAGACUGGUGCACAAAUGAUUACUUAUGCAGAAUGUUUAAAAGAUGGAUGGCAAAAACAAUAUGAAAGAUAUGCACCUCGAUAUGUUCAACGUUAUCCAGAUAAAGAAUUACUUGAACAUGAAUUCGCUCUCUUUACCAGUGCACUAAAACAGUUAUUAAGUAAGUGA